CACCGAUACGGCCAUGGCCGUGGCUGACGUGCCCCCGGAGCUUCCUGGUCUUGGUAUUUCUAGUAGGCUGGAAAGAGAACGCGUCAGUGGGAACUGUAGUGGGGAAGACCGGUUAUUUAGCCACACAGUCCGCAUGCUGCACCACUGAGCUAGGUAGCUACAGACGCUGCUUUGCGAAAUACGCAACAUUGCUCAUUUGUCAGCUCCUGGCCUACCUACGUUUGGACAACCAAACUAACCAAAUCUGAUAGAUCCGUCACAGCAAAAUUUCUUGGCGAAGGAAAUUUCAAGCUGGAAACGAGAUUCGACUUAAUGUGUAAGCUAGAAGAUGGACAUUGGAACCCGUUGAAUUAACUUUAGCUCGCUAGCAAGUUGGGUAACGUCAGCUAAAUGGCUAUCCAUUCACAUGUUACAGGAUUCUCUACGGGCUAGUGGCAUCUUGUUUCUUUUGAAACCCUUAACGUUGUCCAUUUCCAAAACCUUGCGUUACAAGCAGAAUACAACACGAAUUAUUUAGUAGCUAAAUAACAUAUUGCGUGCAUGAACAGGCCUAUACUGUAGGCUACAGCUAGAGAAGGAAAAUGACUAAAUCUAAAAGUGUUUAACAAUAGAUUCGGAUAAUUUUGCUUAGGUGACAGUUUCCUAAAUUCCUUCUGUGAUCUAAACCAACUAGCACCUCGUUUUGAGCUCUUGAAACUGAGGAUGCGGCCAGAUUUUAUUCGAAACAGUAUGCAGAAAUUUAGGAACGAGUACCUACCAUCUUGGAGGGUGACUGAAAGAGGAACGAGAAUAGGAAAUCUCACGAUUAUAUUCGAGAUUUCGUUCUUCAAAAACCUUUGUCUCAAUAAUAAGAGUGACAUCUGCUGGACGGGAGGGGAACAUUGAUGAUCAGAGACGAAGCAGGUAGCUCUCUCAGCUCAGCUGUUUGCUCCAGCCUGCUGUAUGUGGAUAUGUGCAGCACCACAAACUAGACCGCUAAACACCCAGGUGUUGACAUGGAAAAGCUCUGCAUGCACUGCCGGGAGCCCAGGGACAGCCAGAGCCUGUGCACCCUGUGCAACAAGUGGCUGUGCUACCAAUGCACCGACAUGCACCAGGACCACCGGACCGCCGGCUCCCUGCUGCAGCUAGACUCCGGCAAGAGGCCGUCUCAGGCGGGCUCUGGGUGCUGGUCCAAUGGCAUUCCCCUCUGUCACUUCCACAAGCAAGAGCCCCUGGACCUCUUCUGUGAGUCAUGUGACCUCCUGUCCUGUAGCAGCUGCCACCUAGCCACCCACAGGGACCACAGGGUGGUUCAUGUGAGAAAAGCCCUUCAGAACCAACUGUGGCUCUUUGAGAACCUGAUGGUUCAAAUGGAGGACAAGAAGUCCACUGUGGAGAACACAGCCAAGCAGAUCGAAGACAGGUUGCACGGGGUGAAAAUCAUGCAGAGGAAGGCAGAAAACCAGAUCAAAAUGGCCAAGAUGAUCAUGAUAAACGAACUGAACAAACGUGCCAAUCUAUUAAUAGAGCAGCUGGAGAAAGUCUCUAAUGAGUUCAGGCAGCGGCUGGAGGACCAGCUGCAGGGGAUGAUCGAGCUCUGCAGUCAGCUCAGCCACGUGCAGAACUUCAUCAGCUGGGCCUCGGCCCACCACCAGAGGAACCCGCUGCUCUUCAGCAAGGAGCUGAUCACCUUCCAGAUGCAGCGCUUGCUGGAGUCCCAGCUGCGCUAUGACCUCGACCCCCCGGUGAAGAUCAAGUUUAACUGGGACGCCAGCCUCUGGACAAAGCACAUCUCCACUUUUGGUGAGCUGACAGCUGAGGGGGGGAGCCCCAGUCAUCCGGUGGGCGUGGCCUGUUCCAGUAUCCUGAAGCCUCAGCCUAUCCCGUGUUCGGCCCUGGCGGGCCCUCUCUGUCACAGAGCGCUGGAUCAGAGCUGCGGGUUCCAGACGCGCUUCCAGCCCCAGCCCUGCUGCUCACACUGCGUCACCGUGGCCCUGGCUCCCGACCUGCUGAUGGGCAGCAGCAGGGGGUCCCCCGGGGACCACCGCGGGGGGCGCUGUCACUCCGCGGCGGGGCCGUACCCGGACAGGACUCUGCAGCCGGACAGGAAGCAGCCGGAGGCCAGCGUGUGCCCCGCGGCCUGCACGCAGUCCAGCCCGCCCCAGCGGCGCUGUGACCCCCCCACGCCGCCUCCUCUGGCCGCCCGCGCGCCCCGCUGCAGCUCCCCCGCCCCGGAGACGCUGCCCGCGCAGUCCAACCUGCAGCUGCUGCUGCAGUCGCCCCCCCGGCUGCAGACGGAGCGGCUCCCGGACCCUGCGCAGGCCCCCGCCGGCUGGGGCGGCACCGAGGCGGACGCCUCCUUCCAGAGGAGCGAGGAGGCCCAGGCCGCAGCCUGGAGCAGAGCGGGGGAGGCCACGUGCACACAGCCCCAGGGCCCCCCUGCUCCGGACCCCGCCUCAGACCAGCCUCCGAGAGAGGCUGUGAAGCCCCUGCAGUGCACCAGCCCCUGCAAGGGCCCUGCUUCAGAGGAGACCUGCUCUCUCAGCGCUCCCCAUGGCCCCGGCUCGCUGUGGGCGGGGAGGAGGCGCAGCUCCCACACCUCCUCAGGGGACCCGGUGGCCUCCCUGGGAGCCUGCCCCACUCUGGUCACCAGCGGCACGGCAGCAGUGGCUCCGGCAGCACAGGAGGAUAACGACCCCCAGGCCAGCGAGAAGAGGGAGGAAGCUGAGCCAGACAGGCCCGGGCGGGGCGUGGUCCAGGUCGUGACCUCUACCCCAACCCCAAUCUCCAUCUCUCCGGAUCCGCCCCCCUGUAAAACCAAGCCAGAGAAAGUGUAUGCGUGUGAAGACACUGGAAUGACAGGCAGAGCGAGGCUCCGGAUAUCAAGGAAACGGCGGUCGGAUAUGAGGGCCGCUAACGAAGGCCAGAAGGCCUUGAAGUUCUCCAAGGUUCCGAAGGCAGCAAAGGGUUCUAGGGUUCCGCUGGUGCGCCUGGAGCGCCUGAGGUUCCGUCUGACGCCAGGACAGCUGGCCGUCGCCCGCCUGCCUCAGCGCGCACAGAGACACGCUGGCCCUAUCCCACAGCCACCAACAGAGGGCGCUGUUGCACCAGAAGCGCCUGGGAGCCCCACCUCUCAGGAACACCAUCAAAAGGGAAAACCUGCUGAGAAUGCAGAGCUGUGCAUAGAGGUCAAUCCGUUAUCAUCACAACCUGAUUGGUCACAGGGGCGUCGACCCGUCAUCUGUUGUGUAGGGCCGGCGCCAGGUCCAGAGCGGGACAGGGUGAGAGAGGAGUCCUCCCUGCCUGCUGAACCACGCUCAGACCUGCAGUCAGAGUCUGGUACUCAGCCCAGGUCUCCACUGGACCCAUGUGUGGAAUCAGAGCCGUAUUUGGACUCAGAACCAGAGCUUGGGUCUGAGCAGCAGCCUGGGUCAGAACCCAGUCUGGAAUCAGAGCCACAGCCGGAGUCUGACUCUGACGUGGAACUCGAGCACCAACCAGACCCAUGCCGGAAACCAGACCGGGAACCAGACCCACACCGGGAACCAGACCCAUACCGGAAACCAGACCGGGAACCAGACCCACACUGGAAACCAGACCCAUACAGGGAACCAGACCGGGAACCAGACCCACACCGGAAACCAGACCCAUACAGGGAACCAGACCGGGAACCAGACCCAUACAGGGAACCAGACCGGGAACCAGACCCACACCGGGAACCAGACCCAUACCGGAAACCGGACCGGGAACCAGACCCACACCGGGAACCAGACCCAUACCGGAAACCAGACCGGGAACCAGACCCAUACAGGGAACCAGACCGGGAACCAGACCCAUACAGGGAACCAGACCCACACCGGAAACCAGACCGGGAACCAGACCCACACCGGGAACCAGACCCAUACCGGAAACCAGACCGGGAACCAGACCCAUACAGGGAACCAGACCGGGAACCAGACCCAUACAGGGAACCAGACCCACACCGGGAACCAGACCCACACCGGGAACCAGACCGGGAACCAGACCCAUACCGGAAACUGGACCGGGAACUAGGCCCAUACCGGAAACUGGACCGGGAACCAGACCCAUACCGGGAACCAGACCCAUACCGGGAACCAGACGCUGGUUUGGAAUCGGAUGCAGAUUCGGAACUGGAUGUGGAACCAGAGCCCAAUUUGGUGUCAGAGCCAGAAUCAGAGACAUAUCUGGACCCAUCAGCCGACGUGGACUUGGGUCCGGAGGAGGAGUCUGGGCCGGUUCCACAACCCGCGUCUGAACGAUCGGGGCAGGCGGGUGGCAGGGAGCACGCUGAUAGGCCAGCGGCGGUGGCAGGGGGAGGGGCAGAAGAAGAGGCGGGGCAAAUGGAGAACGAGGACUUCUGCGGGGUGUGUCGGAACGGAGGGGAACUGCUGUGCUGUGACCACUGUCCCAAAGUCUUCCACCUGUCCUGCCAUGUCCCCCCACUGCUCAGCUUCCCCACGGGUGACUGGGUGUGCUCCUUAUGUCGGGACGUGCUGAGGCCGGAGAUGGAGUACGACUGUGAGAACACGCGCCUCUCCGUGGAUCCCGCAGGGCGGGGCGGGACGCGUGGACUGGCGGACUGUGACCAGCGGAGCUGUGAGAAGCUGACGCUGUUCAUCUCCUGCAACAUCCUCAGUGCCCCCUUCCACGAGCCCGUCAGUCCACUGGCCCGUCAUUACUACCAGAUAAUCAAGAAGCCCAUGGACCUGUCUGUGAUCAGAAGCAAACUCAGCAGGAGGAGCCAUUCGCACUACUACACUCCUCAGGAAUUUGUGGCCGACGUCUUCCUGAUGUUCCGGAACUGUGCAAAGUUCAAUUAUCCCGACUCCGAGGUGGCCCAGGCAGGCCGUAGUCUGGAGGCCUUUUUCAGCUCCAAGCUGAGAGAAGUGUUUGGAAGCCAAACCUUCCCGGUGCCAGAAGAGGACUCGGACAGCGAGGAGUGUGAGGAGUUCUACAGGGCAGGUGCAGCUGGCUUCCCCUGGCCAGACAGGAAGGAACACUGUCACAGGAAGAGGAAGAGGCGACAUUCCCUCAACUCAAGGAGACAUCACGUGUAACAAGGGCCACACAAAUUCACUCUCUGCAAGUGAUGUUUCUGCUAAAGCACCAAGACUUUUCUUCCUGUAUUCUUUUAUUUUUUAGGAAGCACAUAUUUAGACUGAGUUAAUCUUCUUCUUCCUUUCUUACUGAAACCACAUCUGCACCACUGCAGAUGAUUUUACAAAACAAACUUUUACUUUUCCGAUAAAUCCAUGGCUAAAAUAUCUAUUAUCUUAUAUCUUUAUAAAAUCGUAUUUUUAGAUUGUGCCUAUUUAUUGUAAAUAUAUAUUGAGUCUGCCUGUGAUUCUUGUACCAUAUACUGACUUACAUUCUAAAUAACCCUGUUACAGUAUGUAUUCUGUAUUUGUUAUCUGGGGGCAGCUAUAAAGUUGAGUAUUGUUAAUGAAAAUCAUUACUGCUACUGUUAUUGAUGUAAGAUAUUACAUUUGAAAACUAAAAGCUUGAGGCUUCAGCUUUUUCUUCUUUCAUUUUUACUCAGUAUGUUGUUAAAAGGUAAGAGAGUAUUUUCCCUCCGUGGCCUGUCCCAGUUCACCAGGAGAGCUUUGAAGGCCAUUAAAAUGGGGUUGAGUAAAGGGCACCAGCACCGUGGUAUAAUGUGCCAUUUAGUUGUACCAGAGGACUAAUGAAUAAAGAGAUCUAAAAACACUCACAGCCUUAGUGUCAAAUUGAGGGGAUAAAAAUACAUUUCUCUGUUGAAACAACACAAUAGAUCACGGUGCCCAGGGGCUGUGUACGCAUACACGCUGUUGCUAAGCUACAUAUAUGCAUUUUCAUUUCUGGAAUGUAAUUAGAUUAUGGUUGUUUGGAGCAAGAACCGUUUUUUAUAAAGAUGGCUAUAAUUUCCUCACGUGGCUGCCAUGAAGUUUCAAGGGUUUGAUGGAAGUGAAGGGCUGAAGGGUGAGGCUGGAGUUCAGCGAGUCCAGCAUCUCCCAGUAAGACUGUUUCUGAAUGAGAGCUUCCAGACUGAAGGGCUGGGCUGGAGUUCAGUGAGUCCAGCAUCUCCCAGCAUCUCCCAGUAAGACUGUGUAAGAGUGAGAGCCAGCAGACAAGCCUUGAGCGGGCAGUUGCCUUGUUUAAUAUGAUGCUUACUUACUUAAUCACUUAUCACUUAAAAUAUUAAUUGUGUAGAGCAGCCUUCUUGUUGACUAUUUAAUAAGCAAAAAUGCUUUGUUAGGAACUAAAUAAUGGAUUUUUAAAAAAGAUCUAUUACUUAUAAAGCACAUAUGUGAUUCUGACAAAAUUCAUUGUAAUAUAUCGCUUUGUUGACAUGAGUUGAUGUUCCAAUAAAUUUAGCCUGGAUUGUA